UUGCUCGAUGUCUUUUUAAAUCUUUUCUCUAUAUUUUCCUAGUUUUCUUUUUUUUAAAAAAAAGAAGUACACGAAAUUCCUCAUGAUUGAAGACAAUAAAGAGAACAAGGACCAUUCCUUAGAAAAGGGAAGAGUAACUCUCAUUUUUUCCUUGAAGAAUGAAGUUGGAGGACUAGUAAAAGCACUGAAAAUCUUCCAGGAGAAGCAUGUAAACCUGUUACACAUUGAGUCUCGAAAAUCAAAGAGAAGAAACUCAGAAUUUGAGAUAUUUGUGGACUGUGAUAUCAGCAGAGAGCAGCUGAAUGAUAUUUUUCAUCUGUUGAAAUCUCAUACUAAUGUUCUCUCUGUGAAUCCCCCAGAUAAUUUUACUAUGAAGGAAGAUGAAAUGGAAGCUGUUCCUUGGUUUCCAAAGAAGAUUUCUGAUCUGGACCAAUGUGCCAACAGAGUUUUGAUGUACGGAGCAGAACUAGAUGCAGACCAUCCUGGCUUCAAAGACAAUGUCUACCGUAAGAGGAGAGAGUAUUUUGCAGACUUAGCUAUGAACUACAAAUAUGGGGAUCCCAUUCCCAAAGUUGAGUUCACUGAAGAGGAGAUUAAGACCUGGGGAACUGUGUUCCGGGAACUCAUCAAACUCUACCCAACCCAUGCCUGCAGAGAAUAUCUCAAAAACUUACCUCUCCUUUCUAAAUAUUGUGGAUAUCGGGAAGAUAAUAUUCCACAACUGGAAGAUGUUUCCAAUUUUCUAAGAGAGUGCACAGGUUUUUCCAUUCGUCCUGUGGCUGGUUACUUAUCACCAAGAGAUUUCUUAUCUGGUUUGGCCUUUCGAGUUUUUCACUGCACACAGUAUGUGAGACACAGUUCCGAUCCCCUCUAUACUCCAGAGCCAGACACCUGCCAUGAACUCUUAGGCCACGUUCCCCUUUUGGCUGAACCUAGUUUUGCCCAGUUCUCUCAAGAAAUUGGCCUGGCUUCCCUUGGUGCUUCCGAAGAGGCUGUUCAAAAACUGGCUACGUGCUACUUUUUCACUGUGGAAUUUGGAUUAUGUAAACAAGAUGGACAGCUGAGAGUCUUUGGUGCUGGCCUACUGUCUUCUAUCAGUGAACUCAAACAUGCGCUUUCUGGACACGCCAAAGUGAAGCCCUUUGAUCCCAAGACUACCUGCAAACAGGAGUGUAUCAUCACAACUUUCCAGGACGUUUACUUUGUAUCUGAAAGUUUUGAAGAUGCAAAGGAGAAGAUGCGAGAAUUUACCAAAACAAUUAAACGCCCGUUUGGAGUGAAGUACAACCCAUAUACACGGAGUAUUCAGAUUCUGAAAGACACCAAGAGCAUAACCAGUGCCAUGAAUGAACUGCGGCAUGAUCUUGACACUGUCAGCGAUGCCCUUGCUAAGAUGGGUAGGCAGCCGAGCGUCUGAUAGCAGCCACUCCUAAUCCUGAAGACAUCUGAGCACCAAUUCAGAAGCCUGGUGGUCAAUUCUUGCUUUUUGUUUUGAAGAUCUCAUUAUAGAGAAACAGCAAUCCUCUCUAAUUAUAUUCCUAGUUGUCAAAAUUGUAUACCUC